GAUUGUGAGCGAACUGCCGAGUAUCAUCACUAUCCCACAAACAAUCCAACAUCCACAGUCCCAUGAAGGUGGAAAUAAAUUCCUAUCGCGCGGUAGCCUACUGGAUUUGGGACGUUUCCGACGAACCUCACAAGCUUUACCACUACGCGCCGCCGGACGAAGUUGGCCUCGACGAUGACGACGAUCAGGACGUCUGCGGUAUAUGCCAAGCGGCCUUCGAGAGCACUUGCCCCGAUUGCAAAAUACCCGGCGAUGACUGUCCCUUGAUUUGGGGGGAAUGCACCCACGUUUUUCACAUGCACUGCUUGUUGAAAUGGAUCGGUCAGAAGGAAGAUGAAUCACAGCAACAAUGCCCCAUGGACAGAAGACCUUGGGUGACGGCCGAUAGGAAGCCUGAUAAACAACCGGCGGCGAGUCCUGGCCAAGUGGUCCAAUAUGACCACUUAGAGCACGGUCAUGCAAGCCAGCUGGAUGAAAGAUUAACGGGCGCAAGGGGGGCCACCACUAGAGGAGCGCAUGCUCAGGUAGAGAGCAGCAUGGAGGUUGACGAGCAAUAGCAUUAUUCAAAGAGGGCCCCCCAGAAAAGGUUAUUGUACUUGGCACGAGUGAAGUUAUUAUCCUUGCUGUCCAUAUAGCUCUGUCCCUUGUUGUAUAGAUGUACUUGUACUCGAAGUAUAGCCAUAUCUGCUUCC